AUGAUACUGCCCAUAUUAUUAUCAGCUCUGGUAAUCAAAUCAUUCGCCCAGAAUGAAAUCGAUUUCGACAAUCCUGGUAACUGUGGUACGGCUGGCUCAAACUGGAAGCCUUGUAUAGAAAGAAAAGUCGCUGAUCAGGUGUUCGGCUCAUGCUGUGAGCGAUUUGUUCCACCUGAGUGCCGUGGCUUGUGCAUCUAUGAGACGAAUGCGAUCGAAGCCAGAGUCGUUCUUAUGCACACGAUUCAACCGUCUCGUUGUCGCCUCUACAAGUACUUGCCAUCCAUAGUUCACUGUGCCGCUCAGACUCAUGACAACACAGAAUGCUGUCGUGCAAAUGGUGUUGCUCAGAUCGGUGAACAAUGUCUUCAGAUGUGCCAGCCACAG